UGGUUCGUAAAGGAAUGCCAUUCAGACAAGCCCACAUCGCCUCUAGGAAGGCCGUCCACCUCGCCGAGUCUAAAGGCAUACCCAUCAAUAACCUCAGCCCGGAUGACCUGAAGACCAUCAGCCCCCUGUUUGGCAGCGACGUCUCCCAGGUCUUCAACGUCGCCAACAGCGUGGAGCAGUACAGGGCCAUGGGCGGUACCGCCAAGAGCAGCGUGACUGCCCAGAUCGAGCGGCUGAGGGAGCUGCUGAAGAAGCUGAAGGAGCAAGCUUAGAGUGUGGGGAGAUAUCCCGUGGAUGCAGCGUUGUGCCUGUCACGCUAAUCUGGAGUUAAUAAACGCUGGGGUGCAUUGUAGUUCACUGAAA